AUGCUGCGUGGUUGCCAUGGUAACAGCGACCCCUCCCUUCUUCCUCGGAGCGGCAGCAGGGUGGAGCAGCAGACGGAACCGCAGCAGCAGCAGCAGCAGCAGGAGGUAAGGCCCGCACCUUUCUCCUCCAUCUCUCCUCCAUCUUCCUCCUGCUCAGCUGCUCCUCCUCGUCUUCCUCCUCCUCCUCCUCUUCCUCCGGGAGGUUCGGAGCUCCGCAGGCCGCAGCAGAGGAGGGGUGCUCGGCUCCGCUGCUGCUGCAGCCUUGCGGCUCUGCGCGCCGCAGGGAAGAGGUCGGUCAGGCGCAGACAGGAGGAGCCGCUGAAGAGAUACCAAGAAGGAGCGAAGAUGGAUGGAGACUCCGCCCCCGUCAAUGAUGGCCCCGCCCAGGAGCAGCGAAGCACGAUGGGAGACCUGGAAUCUGUCGGGUUUCUGGAGAAACUCCCUAAAGGAAGCGCAGAGUUGCAGGAAGAGGGAGGAGAAGAGAGGAUGGAGAGAAAACAGGAAGUGCUUCCUUCUGGAGACCCACAAGGAGCUGGUCAGGAGGAAAAUGCAAAAACAUGCAACCAGGUAGAGAAGAAAGAAGAGGGAGACAUUAUCCACACUGAGGAUGAGGAGAUCAAGAAGCAGCUUCCUUCCUCCUCCAGCAUUUCUCCUCCACCACAGGAGGAGGAAGGUAGAGGAAAGGAGGAGAACAACGUAGAAGAACAGGAUAAGAUGUCAGGAGAGGAGGGUCCCUGUUCCUCCCCUGCAUCUCCUCCAGGAGAGGCAGGACUUGAUGAUGAUGAUGAUGAUAAAGAGGAGGAGCAACUGGAAGGUGAGGUGGUGCUGUCAGCAGUGAAGGUGCAGGAGGAGUCCAAAGAGCUCUCAAAUCUUAAAACAAGUGCCUCUUUUGAACCAGAACCUCCAGUAAAGGAGAGUCAUUCAGAAGCUCCUGCAGAGGAGAACCAACCAGAAGCUCCUGCAGAGGAGAGUCAUCCAGAAGCUCCUGCAGAGGAGAGAAAUACAGAACUGCCUGAAGAAAAGAAGCAACCGGAACUUUCGGCACCUCCUUCCACAGCUGACGAGGAGCUCCCUGGCAACAAAACAAAUGCUUCUCCUGUGGAUCUUCCCUCUAAAACCUCAGCGUCUCCUGCAGGUGCUCUUCCAAAACGUAAUGCAAAGGCCUCCUCUUCUCCUCUCAGAAGAUCAGGCGUUCCUCCUCCCCUCAACAAAGGUAAAGCAGCUGUGAAGGCGACAGUUGAUGAACCUGUGAAGGUCUCCAGGACAGCAGGGGGCAGCAGAGCCGCAAAGAUGAUCUCAGCCAAGAGUACAGAGUCCAUGGACGGCGUCAACAGUCCAGGAAGUCGCUCACCUGCCAGCAGAUCAUCCACCCCCAACCGAGAUGUGAAAAAGGUGGCUGUUGUCCGGACCCCUCCCAGGUCUCCUGGUUCUGCCCGUGGCCGAACACCUUCCACCUCCCAUCCUAUGCCUGACCUUAGCAGUGUGAAGUCCAAAGUGGGAUCCACAGAGAACCUGAAGCACUCACCGGGAGGGGGAAAGAUUCAAAUUGUCCACAAGAAGCUGGAUUUAAGUAACGUGACAUCAAAGUGCGGUUCUAAGGAAAACCUCCGCCACAAACCAGGUGGAGGGAAGGUGGAGAUCAAGUCUGAGAAGGUGGAUUUCAAAACUGUUCAGUCCAAAGUUGGUUCUAUGGAAAAUGUCACCCACAUUCCAGGAGGAGGGAAGAAGAAGAUUGAGAGUCACAAGCUGAUGUUCAGAGAGAAUGCUAAAGCUCGGACUGACCAUGGUGCUGAAAUCGUCGUUCAGGAGGACUCCUCCCCCCGUCGCCUUAGCAACACUUCCUCCCGUGGAAGCCUCAAUGCUGAUGAAGCUCCGCCCCUAGAUACUCUGGCUGAUCAGGUGUCUGCAUCCCUCGCCAAACAAGGCCUGUGAUUGGACCAGCUCUGUGCCUGCAACUCCCCCACCUUCUUUGUUACCAAGGAAACCAACAGACUGCAGAAACAAAAUAUUUCUAACUUCAUCUUAUGAAGACACGCUGUGAUUGGGGAGACUUUAUGAAUCAGAGUGAACCGCAGCCAGUCAGAGUUCAGCCAGCCAGGUGACUCAGGUAGUCUCUGUUCCCUCCAUCUUCACCUGGUUUUACCUGUUCCUGCCACUGCCUCAGGUGUCACCUGAGGUGUUCGUUUGAAGCAUGCUUCAUGAUGCAGACCCCAGGUGACCAAUAGAGGCAAUAUGGAGACCAAAUGUUAGAUUCAGAUGAUCAACAAGACCUUCAGCAGAGUCAGGCAGAGAAGAUCAGAGGAAUUAUCCCAGAUUUUAGGAUGAAUUCAUGGAAACUGGGACAUAUUUGCCUUUUAAAUCAGAUUGACCUCAGACACGUUCAGAGUCGACCCUUUUAUAAAGAAAGAUCAUGAAGGUAACAUCCAUGAUCCAAGGAAAACCAGAGAUUAGGACCUGAAAAGAAUCACUGCUGGUGUCCAGAGCAAAUUAGCUGCUCCUCCCAAUCAGGUGACUCUGAUAAAUUCUCUCCAAUCACAGAUGACCUCUCACUGAUGUCAUCUCUCUUAGCCAAUUUACAAUCCUCUCAGUUUUGAACGUGACUGUGCAGUUGCCCCCCCCCCAAAUAAUUACCCAGAAUGCCGUUUGAUACCAGGUGCCAAACCGCUGCUCUGUCUGUGCCUGUCAGCUGUCCAAGUGCUUUGAAACAAUAAAGUUUCCCUUAGCUCAAAA